GUAUAAUUGCUUACAUUAUUAGCUCUGAAAAUUUCGUUGGUUCUUCGAAGAUUCCAUACAUGCCAAAUAUUGUGAUUUCGUGCGACCGCUGACACACGCACUUCUCCUCAUCUUUCGUAUUGUUUUGCUGAUAAGCGCCUGUGUUUUCCGUGAAAAAAAGAGCUGAAGUCAUCAUGAGUGAACUCAUAGCAAUAGGACCGACCGAGUUCGUACAUAUUUUAGAUAUUACGACAAACAUAACUCAUUUGGAGCUCGGUCCCAAGAGGCUUAUGCUGAAGGCUAAUCAACGAAAGGUUGCUGGACCUUUACCUUGCAUCAUCAUACCCCCGGGUCAUUAUUGCACCAUCAAAGACCCUAUUAAGAAGUACAAACCUGGAGAGCCUUGUGAACUGAAGCAUGGACACAAAGAAGUCCAGUUUCAUCAGGAACCAUUCCCUCUGUAUCCUGGUGAAAGUUUAGAGGGAGCUGAGUCUUUACUAGCUGUGGGUAUAAGUAAAGCCAUCAAGCCGCUCCCUGUGGUGAAAGCAAAUCAAGCCAUCCGUCUGAUCGCUCAGGUUGACCACACCAGCCCUGAAGGGGUGAAGAGAUACGCCGGUGAUGAAUGGCAGUAUCAUGGACCACUCACAUACAAACCAACCGCUGAGGCGAAAAUUGUAAGGUUUGUUGAUGCUGUCGUUCUAACCAGUGGGGAAGCUUUACAUCUCACAGCAAAGAGAGAGCUAAUUGACAGUAAAGGAGUAAAACGGGAAGUACAAGAGGAAUGGUUGGUCAGAGAAGAAGGAGCAUAUCUCCCAGGGAUUUAUGAAGAGGUGGUCAAGGUGGUCCAGCCAUUCAGGUUGACCCCUACCACCGGUCUUCACCUGAAGACCACCCACAGCUGCAAGGAUGCCCUGGGUAGGGAGCGGUCGGCAGGAGAAGAGUGGUUGGUCACCGACAAGGACACAGACUCGUAUGUACCUGAGAUAGGAGAGGAAGUAAUUUGUAUGGUGUCUAAGACUGUCUUACAGAAAGGGCAAUACUGUGUGGUCAAGAACCCUGUUGAUACGACAGGCAAACCACAGUAUGGCAAGCUGAAACUUUUGAAGGGAAUCGCAAGCUUCUUCCUCCAUCCAGGUGAAAUUAUUGAAGAAGGCAUCAAAUCCCAGUAUGUACUAGGUGAGGAUGAAGCCUUGGUGUUGGAAUGUGUGGAGAACUUCACCGAUGAUGCAGUUCCAGGAGGGAAAGUUCGCAAACCUGGAGAUCGAUGGAUGAUCAGAGGGCCUAAGAGUUACAUUCCUCCCACACAAGUCAAAGAGUUAGAUCAAGGAAACUCUCAGGUCAUCAGGAAAGCUAUUCCACUUGGUGAAAAUGAAGGAAUUUACAUCAGGAAUCUACAAAGUGGAGAGGUGAAAGUAAUCAUGGGUCCCAAGUCAUAUCUCCUCAACGAACAUGAGAAACUAUGGGAGAAGGAGUUAGACCCUCUGGUAGUUUCCAUCCUCAAGAAAGGAGGAGGAUGUGGAGAAGGAGACAUCAGGAAGCUGGCUUACUUUGAGCAAUCCAUUGAUUCUGAAUAUACGGGAAAUAAGCCUAGAGAUAAAACCAGAGCAGUAAGGUACAGAUGCCCUCAUAAUACAGCAGUACAGGUAUAUGAGUACCAGAAGAAGACUGCACGCGUUGUGUUUGGACCAGACAUGACUAUUCUAGGACCUCAUGAAGACUUCAAUGUGCUCAGUCUCAGUGCUGGUAAGCCAAAAGUGGAGAAUGCUCUUAAGACUAUAUGCCUCAUGCUGGGACCAGAUUACAUCACAGAUAUUUUAGAGGUGGAGACUGCUGACCAUGCAAGGUUAAAGAUCAAGAUUGCUUUCAACAACCAUUUUGAGUUUGAGCGAGGGAACUUGAAGGAGGAGAGUUCAAUUUUCUCGGUCCCAGACUUCAUUGGAUUUGCUUGUAGAGAAGUUGGAAGUCGCAUCCGUGGUGCCGUGUCAAGGGUCAAAUUUGAUGAGUUUCACCGUCACUCUAUGGAGCUGUUGAAGACUGGUGUGUUCGGUUUGAACCCUGAUAAGACUUCCAAAGAUAGACUAGUCUUUAACGCCAACAAACUGGUGAUUACCAAUGUUGACAUCCAAGCCAUAGAGCCGGUGGAUUCUACGAUGAGAAACAGUCUGCUGAAGUCCGUUCAGAUGGCCAUUGAAAUCGCAACUCAAUCUAUUCAGAGAACUGCUGGUCAAGAUGCGGCCUGCAAAGAGCAGGAGGCUCAGGGACAGCUGGAGAGACAGAAGCUUACUAAUGAACAGGAGAAUGAGAAGGCUCGUACCGUACUGCAUGAGUUGAGAGCUAGCGCCAGCGCUGUCGAGUCGUGUGGACAGGCCAAAGCCGAGGCACAGGCUCAAGCCGAGAGACUUCUGAUCGAGGGUCACAGUGCCAUCGAGUCAGCCAGACUCAAGGCUGAGGCUGAGGACAUCUUAUGCAACUCAGAGCUGGGCAGCACCCAGAUGGCUCGCCUGUCGGAACUGAACUUCCUAAGGGAACAGAAUGAACUGGAGAUAGGCAGAACAAAGCAACUGGCAGAUAUUGAGGUCGGAAAGUUUGCUGAAAUGGUGAAAGCCCUUGGAGCAGAAACCAUUAUGGAGAUGGCCAAUGCUGGACCCAAACUUCAGGUUGAACUGCUGAGCAGCCUUGGGCUCGAGACGACAGUGUUCACCGAUGGAAAUAGCCCCAUCAACCUCUUCAACGUUGCACAGGGUCUCAUAGCUCAGCCUGCACAAAGCAAAAGUGCUUAAAAGAUCACCGUGGAUUAUGCCUGAGAGCAGCUACACCAUGUGUUAGGGGUAAUACAAUGUAGAAAUAUUCAAACGAUGUUCCGGAAAUGUUAUUUGAGUGCAUCACCAAAGUUUUCUUUUCUGAAAAUUAUUCAUCUUUUAUUGUAUCUUUAUCAUCAGGGUUGCCAUAACUAAUUUUGAAGGUGUAAUUUUUAUUUGUUGAGGUGUGCAACUUUGCGCCCAAGGACCGGAAAGCAAGUCAAUAGUGUGUGGUGUUAAAGCCAAAGACAUGCCUCACUUCAUGAGAGCAUUUCAGAUUUGUCAGUGAUUUUUUUACCGACAAUUGUUAUAAGCUACUGAAAAUCAUUAAACUGGAUUGGCUGAGAGAAAAUUGGUGAUUGAAAUCACUGAUAACACUUAGAUGUUCCCCUGACAAAGAAAAGAUAAACAUGAUUUUCAGAAUUUUCUUCCGUAGGCCUUGUUGUGUAAAAGUCACAAUCAAUUGUAAUCAUCAAACAUAUUUCUUUGUUAUACCCCUUGAAUUGCAAAUUAUGUUGACCAUUGCUAUCAUUUGUACAUACAUUUUUAUGCAAAUGUGACUAUUGUGUACUUGAUUUAACCCAUUCCUUUUCAAUUGAACUCUAAAUGAAUGCACAAAAAGAGAUACUUUGAGUACAAUACUAUGCUUAGUUCUGCGUUAAACAUAUACCAAGUAAAUGUUUUUUCAUGAUAGUGACUCUAUUUGUAUACAUUAUAUUUAUUAUCCAUUUAGAAAUUUGUUUUAUAUUUGGCUAAUAAUAGUUUAUCUGUCGUAUUGAAUGACACUAAAGCUUAUAGUACAUUUUAUGCAAUAUUAAUAGAUAUAUAUUAACAUGUAAAUUAUCUUUGGUGUAGUCAAGAAAAUUGUAAUAGUGAUAAUUCAUCAAAUAUUUUAUAACUUUAGCAACUAAAGUGAUUGACUAUUUUCCAGGAAUGGUGUAGGAUUUCACUCCUUAUUUGUUUUUAUGCAUUAAUAUAAGAGUAGAGAGGCCACUUUAACAUGUCUUUCAUGCCUUCUAUUGCUUAAUAUAUAUUUGAUACUGUAAAUGUAAUGUCAUGAAGGUAAUAUACAAUGUUAGCUUUAAUUUGUUGAGUCAAGUUUUGCAGGUAAUGUAUUACUUUAUGUUAUAUCGGGGGAUAGUUAAGGGUAGUCUAUUUUUUUAUGUCUAAAAAGGAAAAAAAAAUUAUCAAACCAAUAUAAGGAAAAUCUUAUCAGUGGGCAGUAAAGCUCAAAGUGAUUUAGCAACACAUAGAUUUGGUUUCCUGACUUACAGUUACAUACACUAAUAAACAUGUUAAUCAUGUUGAAAACUUGCUGCAAAAUUGCACUUUGUUCACUUUGAUUCUGCGUGCACUGCACGCAAAAAACAUUCAAGCCAUAAGAUGGUAGGACCCACAAGAAAUAUGUGACUUUUUUUUUAGAAUGUCAAGAUUGGCAUUGAAAUGAAUGCUCCAACAGAACAAAUAAUAGAGUGUCUGAGAUUUAUAUCAAUUUAUAAUAUAUUUAUAUAUUUUCGAUUAUGUAAAACUAGAAAACAGAGUUGUCAAAUCAUAUAUGUGACUAAAAUUUGAUUUGGAAUUUGAGAUUCCUUAAUAUGGAUUGUGUUGUAUUAUGUAUAGUUAUAGAAAAACAUAGAUUUUAUUUGAAUUAUAGAUUCUAAAAGACUCAUGUGUGUAAUUCUUACUUAAAUUAAAGGUUGGAAUUGAUUCCUAUGCAUCCAGUUAUCUUCAAAGUUUCAGUUGUAUACCAGCAAAUUAAUGUAGAAGAAUUGUACUUGAAGAAUGAAAUGAAGGGAGUUGUUUUAACAAUUAAUACGUUAUCAAGUAUCCUGCAUUAUAUCUAUUCUUUAUUUUCAAUUUACCGUUUAUUAGGUGCAAUAGUCUAUAAUUCUGAUGCAUAUUAUUUGUAAGGUUAAGAAUUGAAUAUUAUUGGAGACAAAAUUACAUUUGAUAUUUAAAUGAAAUAAACACUUUCAUCUCAAAGAAGACAAAUCCUUAUCCAGGGCUAAAUUAUAUUUGCUAUGGGAUAGAUUAACCUUAAGGGAUCAUUUCUGGGGAGUAUAAAAACUGAAAGUGGAUGAAUUUACACUGCCAUUUUUCAACAAGGCAGUUCUACCAUCAGCUGUGCCUAUUUAACUUUAUUUUUAUUUUUUUUAUUUGUUCCUUUUUUUUUUUUUGGUUCUUGCAAAAUUACAAAUAACCAAAAUAUGACUACAUGUAUGACAAGAGGCAAACAAAGUGUUUAAAUAGCAUUGGAAUGUACAUGUAGUAAUCAGGGAUGUAGUCUUGGCCGGCCUCGAGGCCACAUUUUGCCGGCCUUGGCCACGUCCUUGGGUCGAGUCACAUCUGCAAAGUCUACGAGAGAUGGUUUCCUCCAGCGGCCUCGGGACUCGGACGUACCGGCCUCGACUACAUCCCUGGGGAUAAUCUGGAUUUUCCAUGUCUAAACUUUGAUAAAACAGUUCAAAACUGUCCAAGGAUUACUUGCUUUUGUAUCGAGGUGUUAACAACAUCAAUAUUCUGUGCCUUCAAUCUCUGGUUUCUAUUUUUUCUUGUUUCUUAUUUUGCAUAUUCCUACCUCUGAAUAUAGAAAUAAAGUAUAAAUAUUCUUAUCAAAUACAAUAGUGGAAUGUUGACUAAAAUGCUUCAGUUCGAUAGCACAAAGAGAUCUAAUAGAUUAUUUGAUUGUCAUUUUUCAUUUACAAUAUUACUAAUUUACAAUAUUUCUUUUCUAAUUUUUAUCACUGCUGAAUCGUUAAUAAUAUUUUGAUGUUAUCAGACUCAUUACUACAUGUACAUGUACUUGUGAAAUUUGAGAAAUGUAAUUUGUGUUAUAUGUAUGUGUUGGAAUCAUGUAUUUUCCAUUGAAAUUUGCCUGUGGCCAAAAUAUAUAUUUAGAGUGCCAGAGUAUAGCUUUGAUUAUGAAUACAUUUCAAGUUUACAAUA